UGUGAUCAUCAUUGACAUGGUCUUAUCCUGUGGUCCUUAGGGAGUCAGUCAGGAGGUUAGAGUGUCCGGGUAGGUCUACGUGGUGAGGAGUGGGACCUUUGUCGUGCACCAACACCACGAUGGAUGACUAUCCGAUGUAUGGGCUACUUGUUGGGUUCUCCCUCUGGGGGACCAUUUGGCGUCUCCUCUUUCCUCUGGGCUUUUGGCCCACUUUCAUGUGUAGAGUAGGGCCCACUCGUGGUGGGACUUCCACCAACCCCUACACGAAGGAGGAGGAGAAGAUGGCCGCCAUUCUGCAGGAGAAGAAGGAGAAGAAGGAGGCCAAGAAGAAGGCCUUGAAGGAGGAGCAGGCGGCCAAACUGAAGAAGAUAGAGGAAGAGAUGGCCAAAGAUAAGGAGAGGAUACAGAAAGAAGAAGAAGAGAAGAUGAAAGAGGUGGAAGAGGAGGAAGAAGAUGAAACGCCAUUGCAGAGGAAGAGGGUGCAGUACAGUGGUAGUAGGGAUGAAGAGAUGGAGAAGCGAAUCUCCGAGUGGGUCGCCAACUUAUCCCUGGGCGAAGAAGAAGAGGUGGCGAUGUAUAUCUCUAAAGAUGAUCGAGAAGCCGCUAUGAGAGCUUGGGAAGCAGAAAAGGAUGUUGUGAAGCGGCAGGCAUUGGAAGACGAAAAGAGGAUGGAGUGGAAGUUGGUAGUGAUGAGGGAGAAGAAGAGGAGAGUGGACGCGGCAGCGGAGGCGGCAGAAGAAUUAGAGGAAGUAAAGAAUAUAGAAGAGCAACUGGCCGCCCAGACCGAACUCCCAGCGCAAAUGCGAGUCAUAGCCCGAAACGUUGCACGCCUGGCACGAAUUCAGGCGGAGCAAUAUGAUUUUAGUAGSAGUCAACACAUAGCUGUGCGUUCCAUAAAGUUGGGGGUUCGGGACUUUGCGCGUGAGCUGGUAGGUGCUAUAGGGACCGAGGCCAAGAUGACACCUAAGCUUACUAGGUGGGCCGCAGAGAUAGAUCAGUACGACUUUGAGCUCAAGCCUGUCAAAGGGAAGUACAACGUAGUCACGGAUGCUCUGAGUAGAAGAGCUGAUUAUUUUGGGGCAAUAGAACAUUACCUCGAUAUAGGAAAGGAUCUGCAGCAGCAGGUUAGAGAAGCCUACGCGCAGGACCCUAUCUAUGGUGAGCUCCUUAAGAAAGUCAAGGAGGCCCCAGAGACCGAGCCGAACUACCGCACUACUGAAGGGUUGCUUUUUGAGAAGACUAAUGUUUUUGAUCGAUUGUGCAUCCCCAAUAGCGAAGAGAUCCGCAGUCUGAUCCUGGGAGAAUGCCAUGACACGGAGGGUCAUUUUGGUUGGCAAAAGACCUUAGCCAAUCUGAUGCGCGCGUAUACCUGGCCAGGGAUGAAGAAUGACUGCGUAGAGUAUGUUCGCAGUUGUAAG